AUGGUAGAUCUCAACAAAUACCAAUUCGAGAACAUGGAAAAGGUGUCGGAUAGCCAACCAUCCGUAACUACAGUGGCAAUGGAGGGCAAGACGCAGAAGCUCAGCCUGAAGCGGGAACUCGGGUUGCUCGGAGCCGUGUCCCUCAUCGCCGGGACGAUGAUCGGCUCGGGCAUCUUCAUGUCCCCCCAGUCUGUGCUGCUCAGUAUCGGCAGCCCCGGGGCCAGUCUGGUGAUCUGGAUGUCUUGCGGCCUGCUGGCCAUGCUGGGGUCUUUGAGCUAUGCCGAACUGGGCACCGUGAUACAAGAGUCGGGCGGGGAAUACAUUUACAUCCUCCGGACGUCCGGCCCACUCGUUGCCUUCAUGUUGAUCUUCAGCUCAGUGACGUUUGCGAGACCCGCGAGCAUCGCCGGCGUCGCACUGAGUUUUGCGGGGUACGCCGUGGCGCCUUUUUAUCUGGGCUGCACCCCUCCGUUGCUGGUGGUGAAGUGUGUCGCUGCAGCAGCAAUCAUAGUGCUGGCCACAGUGAACUGCCUCAACGUCCGCUUCUCCAUGUCGGUGCAGGUGUUUUUCCUGGUGGCCAAGGUCCUGGCGCUGAUCGUAAUCGUUAUUGGAGGCGUCGUGAUGCUCGUCAGAGGACACACGGAAAACUUUGAAGACUCCUUCAAAAAUACAAAAGUGGGCAUCAAUCCGAUCGGCAUUGCUUUCUUCCAGGGACUGUGGUCCUAUGAUGGCUGGAACAAUUUGAAUUACGUGACAGAAGAGCUGAAACGUCCAGAGGUGAAUCUCCCCCGAGCCGUCCUCAUAGCCAUUCCCAUGGUCACCGUGUUGUACCUGCUGGUGAAUGUGAGCUACCUGACCGUCAUGACACCUAAAGAGCUGAUAUCCUCCAACGCCGUAGCGGUGACCUGGGGCAAUAAAGUGCUCGGGAGCUGGGGCUGGAUCAUGUCGGUGGCUGCGGCCUUGUCUGCCUUCGGUUCACUGAACGGGACCUUCUUCAGCGGCGGCCGAGUGUGUUUUGUCGCAGCAAGAGAAGGACACAUGCCAGAUAUUCUGUCUAUGGCCCAUGUUCAUCGACUGACUCCCUCCCCGGCGCUGAUUUUCACCACAGCCAUCUCUCUCAUAGUUUUGAUUCCCGGGGACUUCCAGACUAUCGUCAACUUUUUCAGUUUCACUGCCUGGUUUUUCUACGCGAUCACACUGUCUGGACUUCUCUACCUCAAGAUCAAGAAACCGGAGCUGCCCAGACCGUACAAGGUCCCUAUUUUGAUUCCCAUAGUGGUUCUCAUCGCGGCGGUGCUCCUUGUACUGGCUCCCAUCAUAGACGACCCCCAAAUAGAGUAUCUCUAUGUCACCUUGUUCAUCUUCAGCGGCGCUUUGAUCUACAUGCCCUUCAUCCAUUACAAAGUCUGUCCUGGCGGGCUGAAGAAGCUCACCGUGUUCCUCCAGCUUUUCUUAGAGGUCGCCCCAGCGGACAAAAAUCUGUAA